GGAAACAAACGGACACCACCACGAAGGCUUUACAAAAACACACACACUGUGAACUGUGAAGGCGGCGUAAGAACCAACUAAGAAGCGCAAUGGCAGCGGAGCUCUGUUUGGCGCCACCCUUAUCCACAUGCGCCCAACAUCGGCGUCCUCUCCAAAGCAGAAGAAACAGCCUUUUCCACCUCCCCGCGCUUCCACUUCCAUUUUCCCCUCUCCUUUUCUCUUCUUCAACGACAACUACAAGAACCAGAGGCAGGGUCGUCCUUUGUCAGACUGCUCAAACACCUCUCUUCGAUGCCGAACGCGCUGCUCAAGCUGGUCAAAAUCGACUCUUGAAGGUUCCCAUAUCGCACAUUAGAAACUUCAGCAUUAUUGCGCACAUUGAUCAUGGCAAAUCAACUUUGGCGGAUAAAUUGCUCCAGAUGACCGGUACCGUUCAGACGCGAGAAAUGAAGGAUCAGUUUCUUGAUAACAUGGAUUUGGAGAGAGAAAGAGGCAUCACGAUUAAACUACAGGCAGCUCGAAUGCGUUACAUGUAUAAGAAUGAAGCAUAUUGCUUGAAUUUGAUUGAUACGCCAGGUCACGUUGAUUUCUCUUAUGAGGUUUCUCGAUCUCUUGCAGCCUGUGAGGGUGCUCUCCUCGUUGUAGAUGCUUCACAGGGUGUGGAGGCACAAACAUUGGCAAAUGUCUAUUUGGCUCUGGAGAACAAUCUUGAAAUUAUUCCCGUUUUAAAUAAAAUAGAUCUUCCGGGUGCUGAUCCACUUCGUGUUAUGAAGGAGAUUGAAGAGGUUGUGGGUCUUGAUUGUAGCAAUGCAAUACAAUGUUCAGCAAAGGAGGGGAUAGGUAUAACUGAAAUUUUAAAUGCGAUUGUUGAAAGGGUUCCUCCACCUCGUAAUACUGCUGAUAGGCCACUCAGAGCAUUAAUAUUUGAUAGUUAUUAUGAUUCAUAUAGGGGUGUUAUAGUUUAUUUUCGAGUUGUUGAUGGGAGAAUAAAGAAAGGCGAUAGAAUAUAUUUCAUGGCUAGUGAGAAGGACUAUUUUGCUGAUGAAGUUGGAGUCUUAUCUCCCAAUCAGUUGGAAGUGGGGGAGCUUUAUGCUGGAGAGGUUGGCUAUCUUUCAGCUUCUAUAAGAUCAGUAGCUGAUGCAAGAGUUGGGGACACCAUUACUCACUAUGUUAGAAAGGCCGAAGACUCACUACCUGGAUAUGAGGAAGCCACUCCAAUGGUAUUCUGUGGCCUUUUUCCAGUUGAUGCAGACCAGUUCCCAGAAUUACGUGAUGCGCUUGAAAAGCUGCAACUUAAUGAUGCUGCAUUGAAGUUUGAGCCUGAAACAUCAAGUGCUAUGGGUUUCGGCUUCAGAUGUGGUUUCCUGGGUCUUCUCCACAUGGAGAUCGUUCAGGAAAGACUUGAAAGGGAAUACAACCUGAGCCUGAUUACUACAGCUCCAAGUGUUGUAUAUAGAGUUAACUGUAUAACCGGUGAUACUAUGGUAGGUGAUUUCUUUGACCAACUGAAAUCCCGAAGCAAAGGUUAUGCAAGCAUGGAAUACUCUUUGAUUGGGUACAGAGAAAGUGAUUUGAUAAAACUUGACAUUCAGAUAAAUGGUGAUCGAGUGGAACCAUUGGCAACAAUAGUGCACAGCAAUAAGGCAUAUGCUGUCGGAAGAGCUUUGACGCAGAAGCUGAAGGAGCUGAUACCACGACAAAUGUUUAAAGUACCUAUUCAGGCAUGUAUUGGCUCGAAAGUGAUUGCGAGUGAAACUCUAUCGGCAAUUAGAAAGGAUGUGUUGGCCAAAUGCUACGGUGGAGACAUUACAAGGAAGAAGAAAUUGCUUAGGAAACAGGCUGAAGGAAAGAAGAGGAUGAAAUCGAUUGGGAGAGUUGAUGUACCUCAAGAAGCUUUUAUGGCUGUUUUGAAGCUUGAAAAAGAGGUUUUGUAAUCUUUUUAAUCGUUUUUUGUCCCUUAACUAUUGUAUAUAUAAUGUCAAAGAUGAUGAUAAUAAUAAUAAUAGUCAAAUGUCAAUUACCAAGUUCAACAAUAAGCUUCAUUGGCCAGCCCGAUUGGUAAAGACUUGGAGUCUCUUUGUCAUACUGGCUCAGAGGUCUCAAGUUCGAACCUUCUAGUGAGCUUAAUACUAAGAACUCUUGAUACUUUUUGAGUU